AUGGUCGUGCCUGCACAAGUACAUUCUAAUAUAUCCUUAGACAAAUUUGAAGUAUCAUUAAUAGCACAUGUAUACGACAAUCGAAUAGAGAUCCGUAACUUGGAUGGUACGGACGAUCUUACUUUAGAAAAUUACCGAUGGUAUGAAGGCUGUGUCGUGGUUAGGUACGAGGACCAUCGAAUUUCUCCAACUUGCACAGGUAGACGGACCCUGUUACGGCCGUCGUCUGUCUCGAUUUGGGAGGAUAUAUUGCGGUUAAACCUUGAAUAUGGCGGUACAUGGACUGUAGAAGAUGCUAUUCGACUCGAGUCCAAAUUACUUUUGGCUUUAUAUCCCAAUCUUGAUUUGGAUGCCAUGAAGCCUCCGUUGUCCACAUUAGAUAAUAGCAUAAAAACGCCAAUGAUAAACGGUAUAAUUGGGGAACCUUAUCGUCGCAUAAGGAUGCGAAGGGGCGCAAAGAGAAAGUUGAAUUCGUACGAAAUGGAACAGGAGGCCGCCAAGCAGGCAGAAUACGAGAAUUUGAUGUAUACAAUGGAUCCCAGAUACGGACGCGAAUUCAUACCAACCUUUCGUCAGAUUAAAUACUUUAAUACGGAUCCUACGGACCCGUAUACAAUAAGGAAAAAGCGACGGUUGACGGAAUUUAUUGUAGAAGAAGGACGAAGUAUUAACAAGAAGAAAGCAGAAACCACCACGCUUGUUAGAUGGAUGAGAUAUGAACGGAGAGUUCAUGAUAUGACUGAGACGACGAUGAUGAUACACUCGCUCGUAAAUGUCUUACGGGAUACAAGUAGCAAAUUCGAAAUUCAUAUAUAUACAGUAUCACAAACGGACUUUCCGGAGGACACAAACGACUAUGAUGAAUUCUGCCGGAAAGCCGAUCAGAAAGAGUUCAGAGAAAUAUUAGACGAACGACGGGUAAGCACGAGAAAUAAAUACGACAAUGAGAAUACUUGUAUAGCCGGCCUUAAAUUAUUUAUGACGCUUUAUGCUCUAGAAGGUAAUGAGCUGGUCGCAGACUCACAAGGGCGGACUGAUCCUGAUAAUGGCAUUACAGUCGCAAUAAAAUCAUUAGUGCCAAGCGGAUUAUCAUAUAUUCAAAAGCCUGUGGUAUUACCUGAACUUGCUAAUCCAGUGAAACUUCUUGAACAUCACUGGGUAAACCAGGCAACUUUGGAUCAAACAGUAAAUGAGAAGAAACAAGAAAACUCGCAGGCUGCACUUGUUUACAAAUACGAUGAAGACGGGACCACCAAAGAGAUUGACAUAUUAUCUAUCCAAAACGUUUAUAGUGCCGCGAAUAUAGCAUAUCAAAACUAUGUGAAACAAAAUCCAGGUGGUCGUGUUGGCAAUCAGCAGACAAAUGGCCAUAUUCAUCAGGCGCCGCGUGGACAAACACAACGGUCUAUUCAGAGACCAACGUCGAUACAGCUACCACCAAGACAGUUGCCUACGCUUAUUCAACAGCCACCAAACCACCAUGUUCCAGUACAAGCGCCUCAAAAUCCCGUGCAAGCAGCCCAGCCACAACCGGCAAACGCUGCUCCUCGUUCUCCAAAAGGGAUUAGAGCGCAGCCUCAACUUAUAAAUGGGGGUGCAGUUAAUGUUGGUCGUCCGCAACCGUCAUUGAUUCAACGAUCACAGCAACCAAGCGGUCAUGUUGCCUCAAAUAUUAAUAUACGUCAGAGACCACUGCAACUGCCGAAUGGUGGUAUCAUUCAACAACCACAAGUUAUUCAACUUCCUCAAGCAUCACAGAUACAAGUUCCACCACAAUCACAGAACCAGCAGGGCCCGCAGCAUAUACAGCAACCUGUUCAACCUCUCCAACAGCCCUCUGAACGAUUAGUUUUACUUGGUGCAGACAAAGUUCAGCAUCUUCAGCAACGUUCUAAUCCACCGCAACAACCUUCCGCACAACCACUUUCUCGGUCAAACUCACACACGCCAGUCCAGUCACCGGCAGACGUUCCACCGAUUGGAACACCCGUACAACAACCACAGAUUAUACCCACUACACCUCGAAGGCGAUCACAAUCUCCGCAAAUAGGGCCUCCUAUUGCACAAACACCACCCCAAAACCAACUGCUCAAUCAAAUUGUAACUGCUCAACCACAGAAUGUAUCAAUUCAAACACCGAUGCAACCCCCUCAAACGCCAAUACAAGCUAACCGUAGACCCACACAGAUUCCUUAUAACAUGCUUGUAGUUAGACGACCAGGACAAAGGCCUCCUACUGCGCAGAUUAGACCUCCUAUAAGACAGCCGGUAAACCUGCCUGGGGGUCACCCAAAUUAUGCAGAUGUACAUUUUCGUAUUCCGGCUGGUCAACAAGGAAAAGUGCCUAUUCAACAACUACCAAACCAACCUAUCAAUCAGGCUGCUUUUGCAAAUGCCCAACAGAUACGAAUACCACAGCAAACGCACAACGGAGGCUUGCCAGUAUCUGCUCAAUCACCGCGACAAGCACCAGUAGUAGUACCACAACAAUCUCGUCAGACACCGCAAUCUCAUCCGCAAACACCAGUUAUUAGUCCAGCUUCAAUCAAUACUAAUGGAGCGGCAUUUAUUUCUCCGACUCGGCAAAGACCUGUACAAAUACCGGUACCGCAAACACCACAACCUAUGACAAGUCCGGCUACACGAAUUCAAGUCCUCCCGAACGCUACUCCUCAGGCCACUAACUUCCAAUUAGCCGGUAAUCGGCCACUAGUGUCUAAUAUGAGACCACAUAAUAUUGUUUUGAUGCGUUCUGCGGCUAAUGGUGCUCAACCAGCGACGUCUCUUGUUUUGCCUUGGGCACAACCUGGCGUAUUCACACAGGCUCAAACUGGGAUAUCUCAACGUCAGUUACUGUUAAGACAACAACAGCAGCAGCGGGUGGGCAUUUUCAGAUAA